AUCACCCGGGCGACGGCUCCCAGCUCCGCGCCCAGCCGCCUGGCCGCCCGACAAGCAGCUGGCCUAGGCGCUCCGAACAUGACUUCGAACCGGGGCGUAUCCUUCUCCCUGGCCCAGUCCAACACUGCGAUCGAAGGGUUGGCAGAGGCGGAGAAGAAUGUUGGGGAGUCCGAGAACACCUACAUCCUGAGGCCCAUUUUUCAGCAAAGGUUCAGGCCCUCUGUGGUUAAAGUCUGUAUACAUACUGUGCUCAAGGAAGAAUUGACAAAUGCUGAAUAUUCUCCAGAAGAAAUGCCUCAUCUCACAAAACAUUUAUCAGAAAGCAUUAAAAAUAAAUUAAAAGAAAUGGGAUUUGACCGAUAUAAAAUGGUGGUACAAGUAGUGAUUGGAGAACAAAGAGGCGAAGGAGUAUUCAUGGCUGCUCGUUGUUUCUGGGAUGCUGACACUGACAACUACAUACAUGAUGUUUUCAUGAAUGACAGCUUAUUCUGCGUUGCAGCAGCAUUUGGAUGUUUCUACUAUUGAAUCUUUGAACAGCUGGGAAAAGAAAUGACCAUGAUGAAGUACAAACUGUUUUAUAUUCUUAGGUACACUGACAAAAUAAAAAAGUCGUAGUGUGGCAA